CGGGGAGGAGGGCCCCCUCCGGCUUCCGGCUCGCGUGUGAGGGUGUCCGACCCGAGCCCGGGAGGGGCCUUCGGGCGGGGCGACCCUGGGGCGCGCGUCCCGCCGCCAUGGAGCAGGACGACCCGGGCGAGGCGCUGUCGGAGCUGCGCGAGCGGCGGCUGGGCGCGCUGGAGCUGCUGCAGGCGGCGGCGGGCUCAGGCCUGGCCGCCUACAUCGCGUGGGCGCUGCUGCUGCAGCCUGGCUUCCGCCGCGUGCCGCUGCGGCUCCAGGUGCCCUAUGUCGGUGCAAGUGAGCGGCAGGUGGAGCACGUGUUGUCGCUAUUGCGAGGCCGUCCUGGAAAGACGGUGGACCUGGGCUCUGGCGACGGCAGGAUUGUGCUGGCUGCUCAUAAGUGCGGUCUCCGCCCGGCUGUGGGCUACGAGCUGAACCCGUGGCUAGUGGGGCUGGCCCGGCUGCACGCGUGGAGAGCAGGCUGUGCCGGCAGUGUUUGCUACCUCCGUGAGGACCUCUGGAAGGUGAGCCUGAGGGACUGCCACAACGUGUCUGUGUUCCUGGCCCCUAGCGUGCUCCCCCUGCUGGAAGACAAGCUGCAGGCAGAGUUGCCCGCAGGGGCCCGAGUGGUGUCGGGGCGCUUCCCCCUCCCCACUUGGCAGCCUGUGGCUGUGAUGGGGGAGGGUCUGGACCGUGUCUGGGCCUAUGAUGUCCAUAGUGGUGGGCCAAACGGUCAGGCUUCCCCGGAACCCAGUUCUGCCUCAGUCCCUGGGGCCCCCCGUUCUCAGGUUGGCUGACCACUUGGACACAAUAAAGACUCUGGACUACGUA